AUGAUAUUUGCAGUUGAUGAAAUCAACAAAAAGUCCCAUUUCUUGCCAAAUAUCACCCUUGGAUUUAAGGUUUAUGACUCCUGUGGAAUGGCUACAAGAGCUAUUCAGGGUACCUUGCAGUUACUGACAGGUUUAAAUCUACAGAUACCAAAUUAUCGAUGCGAGAUGAAGAAGCCACUUGCUGCCAUAAUAGGGGAUGCUGCAUCAAGGAAUUCCAUUCCUAUAGCCCAGUUAGUGGGACUUUAUAGACAGCCUCAGGUUAGCUAUGGUUCAACAGUGGCCCUGCUAAGCAAUAAGAACCAGUUUCCUUCAUUCCUCCGCACCAGUCCCAGUGACACAUUUCAGUCCAUUGGCGUAGCCCAUCUGCUUAUAUAUUUUGGCUGGACCUGGGUUGGAAUUCUGGCAGAAGAAAGUGACUAUGGACAGCAGGGCAGUCAGACUGUUAAAGAAGAGCUUCUCAAGUCAGGAGCCUGUAUUGCAUUCUUUGAAUCAAUUCCUGUAGUUUACAAUGAGAAGAAGAUCCAGAGAAUCACUGAUGUUAUCAAGGGAUCAUCUGCAAAUGCCAUUCUGGCCUUCUCAACUGAUGAUGGUUUAAAUCCUGUCAUGGAGGUUAUAUCCAAACAUAACAUUACCAACAAGAUCUGGCUUGCUUCAGAUGGAUGGUUUUUCUCUACCAUCUUUUCCAAUAAAAAAUUUAUUAAAAUAUUAAAGGGUGCCAUUGGAUUUGUGUCCCAAAAAGGUGAAAUGCCUGACUUUAAAGAGCACCUCCUGGAUGUUAGCCCUUUUAAAUAUCCAAAUGACAUAUUUCUGAAGGAGUUUUGGGAGGUGGCCUUUGGUUGUAAAUGGCAGCAUAACUUCAGUCAACCUGUGGGAAAUGCAGUAAAUGAAGAAACACUGCUUUGCAAUGGGAGUGAAAAGUUAAAUGAACUGAAUAACCCUUUCACAGAUAUCUCUUCCCUAACAACACCCUACAAUGUUUAUCAAGCAGCAUUGGUAACUGGACAGGCUUUGCAUGAUAUGUCUACAUGCUGUCCAGGUUAUGGCUUGCUGGAAAAUGGAUCAUGCCCUGACAUAAAUCAUUUUGAGCCCUGGCAGCUGUUGGCAUACAUGAAAAAAGUACAUUUUAGAAAUAAAGUCGGUGAUGAAAUAUUCUUUGACAUAAAUGGGGACCCACCAGCUGUUUAUGAUAUUCUGAACUGGCAAGUUAACCAGAAUGAGUUAACAACAUAUGUUAAGGUUGGACAUUACAAUAGCAGUGCCAGACCCGACUUGGUCAUCAGUGAAAGUCAGAUCAUGUGGCAUGCCGGACAUACUGAGGUCCCACAGUCUGUUUGCAGUGACAGCUGCCGUCCAGGAUACAGACGUUCUAACCUUCAGGGUCAGCCCAAGUGUUGCUACACCUGCAUCUUAUGUCCAGAAGGAGAAAUUACCAACCAGAGUGAUUCCAGUACGUGUUGGACAUGCCCAGAAGAUUAUUGGUCCAAUUCUGCAAGAAAUCAUUGUCUGCCAAGAUCAGUAGAAUACCUUUCCUAUGAAGAACCACUGGGAUUAACCUUGACAUCUGUUUCCUUUAUCUGUGCAAUAAUUCCCGUGACAGUGUUGACUAUCUUUUUGAAACACAGAGACACUCCAAUUGUAAAAGCCAACAAUCGCAGCAUCAGUUACCUUCUGCUGUUUGCUCUUGCACUGUGCUUCCUGUGUUCUUUGAUUUUGAUGGGUCAUCCAGUGAGACUGACAUGCUUGCUCCGACAAGCUACUUUUGGCAUUGUUUUCACUCUUUGUGUAUCAUGUGUGCUGGCAAAAACUGUUAUGGUAGUGAUUGCCUUCAAUGCAACAAAACCGAACAGCAGCUUAAAGAAAUGGGUUGGACCUGCCCUGCCUAAUAUUAUUGUACUUUUCUGCACCAUGUUUCAGGUUAUUCUGUGCAUUCUCUGGUUAACUAUUUCUCCUCCCUUCCCAAUAAGGAACAGGAAUGUGCAAAAUGAUAAAAUGAUUAUUGAAUGUGAUGAGGGGUCAGGCAUUGCCUUUUGGUGCAUGCUUGGAUAUAUGGGGCUUUUAGCCAGUGUCAGUUUUGUUGUUGCAUUCCUGGCUAGAAAGUUACCUGAUACUUUUAAUGAGGCUCAGUUUAUCACAUUCAGCAUGUUGGUAUUUGUCAGUGUGUGGCUUUCAUUUAUCCCAGCAUACCUGAGCACCAAAGGGAAGUACACAGUUGCAGCAGAAAUAUUUGCAAUCCUUUCUUCUAGUGCCGGGCUAUUCUCAUGUAUAUUUCUGCCUAAGUGUUAUAUUAUUCUUCUGAGACCUGAGAUGAAUACCAGGGAAUAUCUUAUGGGGAAGGUAACUGUUAAUAAGUAA